AUGGUUGUUUUGUCUCAACCACUUGUAGAAAACUUUUCACACAUUAAAACAUGCAAACAUAACAACACUACUAGUGAUCAUGUUUACACUGGUAUUAUUCCAGUAAUAGACUUAUUAGACCCUGAAGCCAACAACCUUAUUAUAAAAGCUUGUCAAGAAUUUGGUUUCUUUAAGGUGGUAAAUCAUGGUGUCCCUAUUGAAACAAUUACCAAAUUAGAAAAUGAAUCUAUCAACUUCUUCAACUUGUCCCAAAUUGAGAAAGACAAAGUUGGCCCUGCUAACCCUUUUGGCUAUGGUAACAAAAGAAUUGGCUCUAAAGGUGAUGUUGGUUGGGUUGAAUAUUUACUCUUCACAACUAAUCCUGAACUCAAUCACAACAAAUCCAUCACUAUUCCUGGAAAUUCCCUUCUCUUUUGGGGACUUGUGAAAGAGUAUAUAAGUGCAGUAAGAAAUAUGGGAUGUAUGGUGCUAGAAAUGAUAGCAGAAGGGUUGAAUAUAGAACCAAAGAAUAUACUAAGUAGGAUGCUAAGUGAUGAAAAAAGUGACUCAUGUUUUAGGCUAAAUCACUAUCCACCAUGUCCAGAGUUGCUUCAAGCAUUGAGUGGUAGAAAUUUGAUUGGUUUUGGUGAACACACAGACCCACAAGUAAUAUCAGUUGGAAGAUCUAAUAACACAAGUGGCCUCCAAAUCUCUCUGAAAGAUGGGACAUGGAUCUCAGUCCCACCUGAUCCCUACUCUUUUUUCAUCAAUGUUGGUGACUCAUUGCAGGCAAUGAGUAACGGAAGGUUUAUGAGUGUGAGGCACAGAGUGAUCGCAGAUUGUUUGAAAGCCAGGGUGUCAAUGGUUUACUUUGGAGGGCCACCAUUGAGUGAAAAGAUAGCACCUUUAUCAUGUCUAAUGGAGGAACCUAAUGAGCAAAUUCUCUACAAUGAGUUCACAUGGUCUGAAUACAAGAUAUCAGCUUAUAAGACAAGGCUUGGUGAUAAUAGGUUGUCCCUCUUUGAAAAGAAUGCUCAAUCAUGA